AUGGAAGGCAUUAAUAAUGUGACUGAAUUCAUUCUCCUGGGUCUCACAGAGAAUCUAAAGAUGCAGAAAAUUAUAUUUGUGGUGUUUUUGCUCAUCUACUUGGCAACACUGGCAGGCAAUUUACUCAUUAUCAUCACCAUCAUCACCAGCAAUACUCUAGGCUCACCCAUGUACUAUUUCCUGUCCUAUUUGUCCUUCAUAGAUGGCUGCUGUUCAUCCACUAUGGCCCCCAAAAUGAUAAUUGACUCACUCUCUGUGAGAAAAUCCAUCUCUUUCAAUGGGUGUAUGACUCAGCUCUUUGCAGAGCAUUUCUUUGGUGGUGCUGAGAUCAUCCUGCUCACAGUGAUGGCCUAUGACCGCUAUGUGGCCAUCUGCAAACCUCUGCACUAUAUGACCAUCAUGAACCAGCAUUUGUGUGGCAUACUGGUGGGGCUGGCAUGGCUGGGGGGCUUUCUUCAUGCCACAAUACAGAUUGUGUCCAUAUUCUGGUUGCCCUUCUGUGGUCCCAAUGUCAUGGACCAUUUUAUUUGUGAUUUUUUCCCAUUGCUGAAACUCGCGUGUAUUGAUACUUACCCCUUUGCUCUCUUUAUUGCUGCAAACAGUGGGGUGAUGUGUGUGCUAAUAUUCGUCAUGCUAAUUUCCUCCUACAUUGUCAUCUUUUACUCCCUGAAAACACAUGGUUCAGAAGGGAGACAAAAAGCUCUCUCUACAUGUCUGUCCCACAUUACUGUGGUUGUCUUAUUCUUUGUUCCCUGUAUUUUUGUCUAUCUUCGUCCCAUGACUACCUUUCCCAUUGACAAAGCUAUGGCUGUAUUUUACACUAUGAUAACCCCCAUGUUAAACCCAUUGAUCUACACUCUAAGAAAUGCAGAGGUGAAAAGUGCCAUGAAGAAGUUAUGGAGUCAAAGAUUUCCCUGCAAUAAUAAAUAA